AUGGAAUAUCCCAACUUGAUCGCCCGCUUGCUUCCGAUAGGAGAAGAACGGCGAAGCAAAAACUGUCAACUGGCAUGGGACGCAGUCCGGAUGAAUACGGUGGAGGACAUCUCACGACAAGUCGAUCCAGACAUUUCCAUGUCGCGCAGCGGCGUGGAGACACCAGGAUCAAUGCUAUCGCAAGAAGACAACUCCGAAACCUUCGAUACUGCGAGUGAGAAAUUACUGCAGGGAAUUCCACUGCUCUUUAAGCCUGGUCCUAAGGGCUUGAGAGGUAUUGUGCUAGGAUCCGGUCCAGACUGUGAUAUCAUCCUCCCAAGCCAACCUAAAAGGCUGCUUAAGGACGGACAAACAUCUAUUAUGAUCAAAAUAGUGGAUAUCUACUUCCGCAUCGUUGUCGCACCUUUCGAACAUGAUCUUCAACAGUACAAUACUCGAGUGGACCAAUUUCUUGAGAAUCUCAAAGCAAAUAACACCCUGCCAAUUGGACAACUCGGGAUCCGGAGUUCAAACCCCACAGCACUUCCCAGUGGAGCGCACACGCCUGCUAAAGAAGGGGAAAGGUUGACCAUCGUUCAGGAGGAGCUCGGUGCAGGAACUUUCGGAUUUGUUCGACACGAGUGGAAUGUUAGCACCGGUGUAGAAUAUGCAGUUAAAGUGCCAAACUUAAAAACACCAAAUUCCGUCACUUUCUUGGCGCGAGAAGCCGCUACACUGGCUAAAAUAUCACACGACCAUGUCAUUAAGAUGGUGGAGUUCAUAACUCAACCGCCUCAACUAGUUUUGGAAUACGCAAUGUUUGGAACCCUUGCAGACCAAAACAAUAUCCAGUCUGGUGAAUCUAUCGCCCUACUCCAACAAGGAUUGUCCGCCCUAGAAUACCUUCACGGCUUCUCCAUACCCAUCGUUCAUCGUGAUAUUAAACCGGAAAAUAUCCUGAUAUGGUUCCGAAAUCCAAUUCAUAUGAAAUUUGCGGAUUUCGGACUUUCCAAAAUUGGGCAGGAUUUGGCGACACAAUGCGGAUCACCCUACUACCAGGCACCAGAGGUUUUCUCAGGAGAUAUAUAUACCUCGAAAGUGGACGUAUGGUCUUUCGGUUUAGUGAUCUUCCAAUCGGCAUAUACGCUGCCCAAACCCCUCAAUACUGGGCAGAAAUGGUGUAGACAGAUUGUUGAAUUUGCCAUAACUCAUGAAUCUCGUCCCUUGAUUGACUUAUUGACCAACAGCAUGUUAAUUAUGGAUCCGCGGUGUCGUGGCUCUGCAAAGAAGUGUCAGGAAGAUGCAAUGGAACUUACCCGAAUAUCGCGUAGAUCAACUCCAACACAGGAAUCGUUUCUUCAAAACAAAACAAAAGCAGUGCUAUCAAAGUCUCUAAACGUUGGCACGGUGACAGAGCUUGUAACGUGGGCCAGCCCCCUUCCCAAUUCUGAUGUCUCAACAUCUUUGAGGAAAAGUAAGCGGACAGCUCCUCCGGCAGGGAGUUCAAAAAACGACACCAAACGACAGCAGACGACCUCUUCAAAGUCUUCUAUGCAUGAAGGAAGUGACCCACUACUCGGGGUAUUUAGGGAUGGCCGUGUACAGUACGGAUCCUCCAUUGCUGAGUAUCUGGGUGGGGGUGAUGAUGGUGAUUUGAGUUUCAGCAGCUGGGGAAAAUCGUCCAAAUUAUCGAAAUCCCAGAUCACUGAAGAGCUUUCGCAACCUGCUGAGAUAUCUAAGGGAAAUGACUUGCUCCUAUAUCCACUGGGCUCACCAGUGGCCCAGCAUCAAGAAAGCCGUACAGGGGAGGGUCUAGUUGCCACUGUCGCGAAGCCACUUUAUGCUGGGAAUGUUGAGACCCAAAGCUUUGGAAGCAAUUCCUGGAAGGAUAGUAAAAAGUCCUGGACAGAAAGUCGAAAAAACGAGUAUAUGGAUGCACUUCUGCUGAUGCCCCUUCCUGGUGCAGAGUCUUUCUAG